GUGUGUGUGUGCUCUGUAUAUGGUAAGACAUGAAUGUGCCUUUUCUGCAAGUGCUGGGCAGCUGUGUCAGCAGCAGGAAGUGGUAGAUGCAGUAGUGUAUGUGAAGUAAACGUGUCACAGGCAGAAGCAGCGUUAUCAUUACACUAGUGGCGUGUGUCUGCUGCCUCCUGGGGAUCACACUUUGCGUCGUCUGCGGUCUUAGGUGCAGCAGAGCGUGUAGCAGUGAGUCUGGCAGAGCGCGUCUGUGAAUAGGACGUAGGUGUAGUGCAGUCGGCUGUUACAAGACAAGAGUGCGGCGCGCGCGCGUGUGGGUCUAUAUAAUUAUUGUAGCAAUGGAGUGACUGUGGGGAGAGAGGGGUAUAUGAGAGCCAGUGCUCACAAAUUCCUAAAUCUAUGUGAGGGGACCGGUCAGGACAGGAUAGCUGUAUGAGGCGGGAGCUGUACACAAGUAUUUGUUGCUGCUGGCAUUACACUGUGGAGGUCGACGGGAGUGUGUAAUGACCUGUCUAUGAUAUAGCAGCACGGGAGGAGGGUGUGGUGUGUGCACAACAUGUCACUGAGGACCGAGCUGCUGAAGUCUGUGUGGUACGCGUUCACAUCGCUAGACACGGAGAGGAGCGGCAAGGUGUCCAAGUCCCAGCUCAAGGUGUUAUCGCACAAUCUGUACACUGUUCUGUGCAUUCCUCAUGAUCCAGUGGCUCUGGAAGAUCAUUUCCGCGAUGAUGAUGACGGACCUGUUUCCAGUCAGGGUUAUAUGCCUUAUUUGAACCAGUAUAUACUGGACAAGGUGGUAGAAGGUACAUUUGUAAAAGAAAGCUUCCAUGAGUUGUGCUGGACUCUGACCGCCAAGAAGAACUAUCGCCCAGCAGGAACUGUGCUGCCUAAUGGAGAUGCUUUUCGUCUCUGGUGUCUUUUCAACUACCUGUCGGAAGAUACAUACCCACUCGUCAUGGUCACUGAUGAGGUGCAAUACCUACUGCAGAAGCUGCUUACAACAGCCCGAUCAGAAGUAGGAGAGAUGGAGCUGGGAGACAUGAUGUCCUCCUUAACACAGGGGCUGUCCGUAUGGCAGUUCCUGGAACUUGUUGCUUCUCCAAAAAUUCUAAGAGGGAUUAGUAUGGAAACACUUAGCAUGGCGAUCCAAGAUCUGUAUGAGGAGAUGAUUCAAGAUGUGCUGAAACAGGGUUACCUCCUAAAGAAGGCUAAUUUGAGGAGGACAUGGACUGAGCGCUGGUUUGUUUUAAAACCUGAUCUAUUGAGCUACUAUGUGAGCGAGGAAUGUAAGGAGAAGAAGGGUAGUAUUAUUAUGGACAAGGAGUGUGGGGUUGAGGUACUCCCUGACAGGGAUGGCCGCCGUUGCAUGUUCUGUGUCAAAACAGCCACAAAAACCCAUGAAAUGAGUGCAUCUGAUACCAAGCAGAGACAAGAAUGGGUGACAGCUAUCCAGACAGCUAUCCGUCUGCAGCAGUCUGGAUCUCGUUCUUUGCACCGUGAGCUACAGAGUAGGCGAAGGGAGCAGAGAGAACAGAGGGAACAGCGCAAAGCAGCACGAGAACAAGAGCUGCAGAGGCUAGCAGAACUUCAGAGUGAGAAAGAGAAACAGCAAAAGGAACUAGAGCAACUGAGGGAGGCCCAAAAGAAAGCUGAAGAGGCCAUUAUAGUAGAACAGCACAGGCACCAGGAGCAGCAGGAGGAGAUGCAGAGGCUACUGACGGGACAGCUGCGAGAGGCAGAAGAGGCACGUGCAUCUAUGCAGGCAGAGAUGCAGCAGAAAGAGAUGGAGGCUUUGCGACAGAAACAGAGGAUUCGAGAGCUUGAGCAGUUGCAGGAGCUGCUCCAGGAUGCUCUUGCUCAAGAAAUUAAAGCGCGUCAAGACGAAGAGGAAUACAGACAUGCUCAGGCCAAACUGCUAGCACAAGAAGAGGACAAACUUCGAGCCCUACUUAAGAUGCGGGAAGAACAGAUACAGUAUGUUGAGAUAGCACAGAGGGAAAAACAAGAGCUACAACAAGAGAUGGAGAUAAAGAGUAAAGAGCUACAGGAGGCACAGAGACAGCUAGAAGAUGUACGAGAAAACAGAGAGAGGGCUGACAGAGAUGUACAGGUGGCUCAAAGGAAACUUCAUCAAGCUAGCACAAAUGUCCGACACUGGAAUGUGCAGAUGAACAGAUUAAUGCAUCCAAUAGCUCCGGGAGAUAAGCGCAUCAAUUCAUCUGGUGGGUUUCACGGAUUAAGGGGUGUAGCUCUCACUCGUCGGGACUCAUCGAUUAAAAGGCUGGAGACAUCAGAUGGAAAAGAAUCCCCCCAAAGUAUUGGAGAACAUUUAGAGAACUCACAAUAAUACAGAUCAUCUAUCAACAACUGUGGCUGCACUUGUGUGCAUAAAUAUUGUAAAAUUUUAAUGUAUAUUAUCUCAAAAUUCAUUGCGAGAAUGUUGUAAUCCUAUAUUUAGUUUUAAAAACAAUGUGGUAUUAUAAAAUAUUUUAAAAUGUUACUUUGAAAAUAAAAUCUUCAGUGUGUUGCAUUGCACGCUCUUCA